AUGGCUUCCUUUCCCGUCGUCAACGGCGUCACGGUCUUGAUGCUGCCGCCCGACGGCGUCACACCCGACUUUGACAACCCCCGGCAGAACCACCGACUGCAGCACUUCCUGGCCUUUGGCAUCGGCGGGCCGCUAGCGCUGGCAUUUUUGCUGCAGAGGUUUUACACGAAAUUGUACCUGUCAAAGGGGCUUCAGAUUGAUGACGGCACCCUUCAUGUUUCUCGGAUGGCUCAUGUCGUUAACUCCAUCUUGGAAGGCGGCAUGUGCGCGCACGUAUGGGAGAUGCCUCUCGAGCGCUUCGAACGAUACGCCAUAUUCGUCUUCGUCGCCGCCCCGGUCUAUCAGCUGUGCAACGGCUUCACCAAGCUCUCGCUGCUGGCCAUCUACCUACAGCUAUCGCCGAGUCGCCUGUUCCGUUUCGCCACGUGGUCGAGCAUCGCCAUCGUCGCGGCCUACAGCAUCGUCAUCACCUGCAUGAUGAUCUUCCGCUGCAGCCCCGUGCGCAAGUCGUUCGACGUGCGCGUGCAGGGCGGCUGGUGCCUCGACGCGGGCAUCCUCUACAUGGCCACGGCCGUGUCCAACAUCGUCACCGAUGUGAUGCUGUUCCUGCUGCCGACCCCCAUGGUGCUGCGCCUCCAGAUGGACCGCGCCCAGAAGAUGGGCGCCAUCGCCAUCUUCGCCAUCGCCUCGGCCACCGUCGCCACUUCCAUCGUGCGCCUUAUCUACCUUCCGGCCACCCUGCGAAGCACCGAUCCCUCGUGGGACGCCGCACCGGCCAACGUGUGGACGUUCGUCGAGGGAAACUUGUUCGUCAUUUGCGGAUCCAUGCCGACGGCGAGACGGUUCGCGCGGCACUGGUUCCCGGGGCUGUUCGGCACCAACACGCCGCAGGUGUCCAAGGACUCGGCCCGGAGCGCCAUCGCGACGUGGGGCGGCCGAGCGCGCAAGCACCGCCGCUACUCACAGUUCGAGGAGGAGGACGCGAGCGAGCUGGAGCUGUUCGACCGGGCAGGCGGCGGUGCGGAAGACGCGGCGAGUAGGACGGAGCGGGGAGCGGAUGCGCAGGACGGACAUGCGGGUUUGAUAAACAGUGAUGCCGAAACAGGCGGCGCAAAGAUGCAGGAUGAGAACAGGCAUAACUGUUCGUGA